AUGGAUGCAGCCGGACCGACAGCACUAACCAGAAGCAGAUCAGCGUUUUUGAAAAUCGGCAAGGAUGAUCCCAGUGACGGGGGGAAGGGAGGAUGUCCUGAUGAGAUGAGCCGACCGGGGCCCAUGGCCGACUGCGAUCAUCGCCCGAGAUCUCCUCCACCGGCCCACCUGGCCCCGGAUCCACGGUCCACGAGGGAGCGAUCUGUUUAUAAAUUUGGGCGUCAAGGAUCCCGUUCGGUUGGCCGGAAAGAGGCCCCCGAAAAUCGAGCCUGGCUGGACAAUCAUCAGCUUGCGGAAAGUCAGCUUAAAGCUCGUUUAAACAAGUCUUCAUGUUUCGCCCAUCGACCUGAUGUCAGCCUGCCGGAUGGCGUCCGGGAGAAAACAAUGAUAUCUUCUUCAUGA